CAGCGCAGGCCCGCCCCAAUCAGUAACAGUGUUUCCGCCCAGCGCGUCAAACUACAAAAGGUUGACCGUCCCCAAAUCUUCAUUUCUUCCGCCAGUAUUCCACCUCUUCCACAACAACCACAUCAACGCCCACAUCUGCAGUCGCACGCUCGCAUCUCCCAGACUCUCUGCUCACCCAUUUCCAACUUUUUAAUCUCUUUUUUAAUCCCAACCAACCGCAAAAAUGCCCCCGAAGGCCGCAGACAAGAAGCCCGCCUCCAAGGCCCCGGCCAGCGCCUCCAAGGCUCCCGCUGAGAAGAAGGAUGCCGCGAAGAAGACUCCCGGCUCCGGCGACAAGAAGAAGAGGACCAAGACCCGCAAGGAGACCUACUCCUCGUACAUCUACAAGGUCCUCAAGCAGGUCCACCCGGACACUGGUAUCUCCAACCGUGCCAUGUCGAUCCUGAACUCGUUCGUCAACGACAUCUUCGAGCGCGUCGCCACCGAAGCCUCCAAGCUUGCCGCCUACAACAAGAAGUCCACCAUCUCCUCCCGAGAGAUCCAGACCUCGGUCCGCCUCAUCCUGCCGGGUGAGCUGGCCAAGCACGCUGUUUCGGAGGGUACCAAGGCCGUCACCAAGUACUCUUCAUCCACCAAAUAAGCAUGUUUUGUCUGUUUCUUUCUGUUUUCUCGCGUGUUCAUCUUAUUUAGGGCAUGGGUCUGCUUUUCGGUACGGGUGUCAUGAUGGGCUGGCAAGCGGGUUCGCCCUCACUCGACUGCCUCCUAAUGCGUUAUGGUUUGGCUUUUUCAUUUGGGGACACUCUUCGGCCAGGGGUUUGCGGCUGUACAAUACCAAGUUGAGGCGUAUGGAUUUAAAGAGCAGUAAAUCCUACACAUGAACAUCACAGACCAGUACCUUCCAGUGACGCUCGCAUAGACACUGUAAUACCAUUCUUCUCGCACUCUCCA